GAAAAAUGCCAGCUGUGGGACAAGGAGUGCAGGCCGUGCCACGUCCACAGGGACUGGUGGGAUGUGGCGGUUCUACACGGAGGACUCGCCGGGGCUCAAAGUUGGACCUGUUCCAGUUUUGGUCAUGAGUCUUCUUUUUAUUGCUUCUGUGUUUAUGCUGCACAUCUGGGGUAAAUACACUCGUUCCUAGACUCAGCUGCCAACAUAAAGCAUACAUCUUGGACCAAAACUAUGGUGGAUCCUGAUUGUUCUUGGAGAGAGACUGGGGAAGCUUCCUAUCACCUGUUGAAGUCCUGUCAACUUUGGCUAUAAUACCGAAUUAAUUUCUCAGUUUGCUACUUGGGCAGCUUUAAAGCCUGUCAUGGGUCAUUUUAUAUUUGUAUCUGUACGCUUAGAAUACAGGUAUUGCAAUAAAAGUUGUAUAUGGAAAUAGAAACAGUCUUAACUGUAUUUUUUCCUUUUCCAGUGUACCACCACUAACACAUUUUACUAGUGGUUUUCAUAAAUAAUCAUAUUUCUGAGUAAAUACUCUUUAACAGUUCAAACCAGAUUCUUCCAAACUAUACAUUGCUAUAUAAUUUUAUGCUAGAAGAUGUUUUUUUGUGGAUAAAAGAGACAAAAUUGGGUUGACAAAUGUUAGAAGGUAACAAAGGUCCUUGUUGAAAUAAAACUGAGGUACCAGUGCUGAGAUGGACAUGUUCUUCUUUUAACUCCAGAAGAAUAGCUGGAGUUAUUUAAUUUAUUUUCUAAAUGCAAGUUAAACUUAGUGCUUGUUAUACAUAAAAGUUAUGUGUUUGUUUUUUUUUGGAGCUGCACUUGAGGAACAACAUGAACUGGUACCUAACUGAUUUUAGAAAGAGUAAUUGCAUGGCUGUCAAAGACGUUUUUCACCCUCAGUUACAUGGUGCCGUACUUAGGGCUGUCCUGGGCAGGGCCAGGAGUUUGACUUCCAUGGUCCCUGUGGGUCCCUUCCAACUUAGGAUAUUCUGUGAUUGAGUGACUGCAGGUCCAGACUCUUUCAAGGAGAAUUAAAUUGAAUGGGAGGCUUGAAAAGCAAUGACUGCAUUUCAAAUAACAGGACAUGCAAAUAGGCAGAGAUACAGCUAACUGUUCAGAUAAUCACUCCAGUUUACUACUGGAUGUUCAGUAUUUUCCUUUUGAACAGUCCCACAGCUCUUCCUUCUCUUUUUAAAGGUAUCUACAUAUUUGUGCUUUAGCAUUUCUCACUGCUAAUAUGUUUAGCCUGCUGUUCAUGUUGAGUCCUGGUUGAAUAUCAGCUUGUUAUGGGAAAACAAUAUUCUUAGUUAGAAUUCUUGCAAUAUUCUUGCAACCUUGACAGAAGUUCUAAAUGCGUGUUGUAGAAGCACUUCUGUUACCACCUUCCUCAAAGCAAUUCUUAAAUUAGUAUAUUACUUCAGAAAAGACCAAACUGUUCAGAACAAAAACAAGAAUGAGUAAUGUGGUCUCAGGGCUAUAGAGGUAAUUGUUUUGAGCUGUGCUAAUGCCAUAGCACCUAAAAUGUAAAUGUGAAGGGAAAGAUAGAAAACUUGGAGCAGUAACUGAAAGUUACAGAAAGUGUAAUAGUAGGAAGGUGUUUUUAGAGGUUUGGAAGUUGGGGAGCAGGGAAUUUUGGGGACUCAAAGGCAGUGGUGUAGCAGAAGACUAAAUUGGUGGAAACUGAUACAAAUAAAUCAUAUAUCAAAGGGAAAAGGAUCCAUAAAUCAUUUACCUCUAUGCAUAUGGAAGGGAAGUUAAAACACAAGGAAAGUAAGUAGGGGGGGUAGUUCACCACUUCAGAACGUGAUCCCUCACUUAAAUGCUUUGCUUAGCAAGAAAAUAAAUUCUGUACAGUCAGCAGUUUCAUUUUAAGGCAAGAAAAUGUAAGGAGAAGACCAAAUGCAGGUCAGUUGUUCUGCUCACCAUGUGAACAGACUCUGCUGAGCUAAUUUGUGGUGCGCAAAGGAAAAGGAAUACUCUAGUGUAAAGAUAAUAACAGUAAUAACAAAGUAAGUAACCUCUUUUUUAAUAUGUUUUCUAAUAUACUGUUUGACUGUUUUCUAAUACAGCAGGAAACAAUGUUCUUUUAAACCCUUCCAGUCCCUAGAAGCUGUUUUCUUACAUCAAAUAUUUCCAUUUAAAGCCUUCCAUAUUUUUGCUCUUUUGGUGUCCUUCUGCUUCUAAAGACCAGAAUUGAUGAUGACCUUGUAAAAGUGAUGGGGGGAAGACCUUUUGCUGUACAACCUUUUGAUAAAUUUUUAAUACAUUUUAAUACAUUUAGUUCAACUGAGUAUAAAAAUGCUGACUAUUUUGACAGUGAUGUCCGUAUUUAAAUAUUUUAAAUAAUUUUUUUUCUAGAAUGGCCUUUAUAAUGGAUUUUUGUAUCCAGUGUCAAAAGAGGCUAAUGUCUCUCAUUUUGCACAAAUUACUUUGCACCCUUGCUCGGCUUUAUAUUUUGUCUCAGCGUACCUCUGGUGAAACUUAAGUUGGAUUCAGCUAGCUGAAACAUCUGUAGUUUUAUUUUCCUUUUACUUAAUUAAAACCCAGAUUUCUCUAU